AUGUCUGGGAGUAAGGGGACUGAUCUUCUUAGUGCUGAUGAUCGUAACCACUCUCGAUACCGCAAGGCCCUCUCUCCUGCCUUUUCCACCAGGGGACUUCAGGCGCAGGAGCCUCAUAUUAUCGUCUAUGUGGAGAAAUUGAUCAGUCGUUUAAAGGGGAUUGCUGAGUCUCAGCUUCCGGUGGAUAUGGUGAAAUGGUAUGAUCUAACUACGUUCGAUCUGAUUGGCGACCUCGCUUUUGGGCAAUCGUUCGGUGGCCUUGAUAGCUCAGAAUAUCAUUAUUGGGUCUCAACAAUCUUCAAUUUUGUCAAGGUUGUUCCAUUUCUGAAAUUGAAGGAUGCAUACCCGGUCGUUCUUCCUCUUUUGAUGGCAGUUUUGCCUAAGAAAUUUCUUGAGACGCACAAAAGGCAGGUCCAAUACGCGAAGGAGACCGUUCAUAAAAGACUCGAUGACAAAGCUGCGUAUGGGAGGGGUGAUUUUAUGGAUUCCAUGCUUCGCCAUCGUGGCGAGAAAGACGGGCUGAGUGAUGAAGAAUUGGAGGUUAACGCAACGCUCCUGAUCUUCGCGGGCAGUGAGACAACUGCCACUUUGCUUUCUGGGGUAACGUACUGGCUCCUGAAAUCGCCGGAGGCCCUCGCAAAGGUCACCGCCGAGAUUCGCACAAUACCGACGGAGGCUGAGAUCAACCGGUAUAAUGUCACGAAUCAACUACCGUAUAUGCAUGCUUGUAUUGAAGAAGCGUUACGAUUGUACCCCCCCUUACCUAGCGGUCCACAGCGCCGCGCUGUGGUUCCGUGCCAAAUAUCGGGGUACGACAUUCCGCCUGGGACGAAGGUCUCUGUUCAUCAAUCUGCAGCUUACUGGUCCCCAAUUAACUUCCACGACCCACAAUCCUUUAUCCCCGAGAGAUGGUUACCGGAUGCAAGGAAUGACCCAUCUUCACCAUUCUUUUCUGAUAAACGAGACGUUUUGCAGCCAUUCUCUGUCGGACCACGCAACUGCAUUGGGAAAAACUUGGCUUAUGCCGAAAUUCGUAUGAUUCUUGCCCGUGUUCUUUGGAAUUUUGACAUGGAACUUUGCCAAGAAAGCCAGGCCUGGAAAGACCAGAGAACUUACAUCCUAUGGGAUAAGCCUCCGUUAAUGUGCAAAUUAAAGUUGCGAACAUAG